AUGGCGGAUUCCCAAGCUUUGCCUCAAGCCCAAUUAACAUCUGAGAUCAAUGAUCAGCCCAAACAGAAAGACAUCAUCACUUUCAUGGAUGCUGAAUGGUACAAUGCUGCAGCUGAAGGCCAAAUUGACAAACUCAAAGAUUACACAGAGCCUCUAGAUCUUUUGCGUACCCCAAACAAAAAUACAGUUCUGCAUGUUUACAUCACAGUAGUACAAAAUGAAACGAAAGAAUCCAUUGAAUUUGUGGAACUAAUUAUCAGCAAAUGUUCAUCACUGCUAACUGAGCCCAACAUCAAAGGCGAAACUCCGCUGCACAUUGCGACAAGGUUCGGGCACAAAAGCAUAGUCGAAUUUCUUAUUCAAAGCAUCAAGAAGGCUCAAAGAGAAGACCUUGAGAGAGGCGCAGAGGCAUCAACAAGUGAUAAGAUGCUGAAGAAGACAAGCACAAAUGAAGACACAGCCUUACACGAGGCUGUGAGAAAUAAUCAUCCUCAAGUGGUGGAAAUAUUGAUUAGAGACAAGCCUGAAUUUGCAAACAUAGCUAAUGCCGCUGGAGAAAGCCCGCUUUACUUGGCAGCAUUGCUAGAGUACAAAAGCAUUGCCGUUGAGAUAUCGAAUACCUCAUUAGUGGCAUACACCGGUCCCAACAGUAGAACAGCUUUGCAUGAAGCUGUGAUAAGUAAAGAUAAAGGUACACUUCAUGUAACACCCUAG